UUAAUUAAUCCAGCGUCUUUGUUGUAGCUUGCGGUUAUUUUCUGAAAGUAAAGAUAAAGUUGACAUCUCCAGAAUUCAAAAACAUUGCACUUUUCGCGUUGUACUUAAACUUUUAGGUAUGAAGUGAAAUAAAACUAGUCGCGUGGAGUGAGUGAUAGAGAUUUUGGCUCGCGCGAGCAACGCAACCCAACGCACGAGAAACUCGCUCGAGCUGAAGAGAUGAACCAAAACAAAAGUAAAAGGGACAUGGAAGCUUGAGUUACAUUUGUAGAGAAGCAGAUGUGAAGUCCAUGUUUGCCCCGUCGCUUGGUGAUGGACGGACGGGCUGGGGGUGUUAGUUUGUGUGCUGCUCUCAUGGAAACAGUCUGAAGUUCAUGUAUUCACAUGAAGAGAGCUGUAUUUAGAUGUCCAAGUUUGUGUUCAAUCACCUUGAUGACCUAUAAGUGGAUAUUACACCUAUUCAUAAAAACAUUCGUAAUUGGUCAACCAUGACAGAAGACCGCAGUGUCAGUGUGGAGGAGCUGUGGGUGGUACAGGACCUCAAGGUGGAAUAAAAGAGAGAGAUAAAGAGCAAGGUAAUGGAGCAGAGCAGAGGUGGUACCACUGCAGGAAUUCUGGUGUGGACACCAGCCCCAGCAUACCCCUCUCCCUCGAGCCCAGAGGGGUCGGACUUCAGCUGGGAUGAAGAACUGGAUGACGACUUCCAUAGCCAGAUGGAUGAGAACGGCAUCAUCGGUCUGGCAGAGAGUCAAGGGCAGCAGAAGGGAGGAGAGGAGGAGAUUGCAGAGGACCUGUUGUGGGACGUGAAGACCCCUGAGCCUGAACAUGGACCUCCACCUGCACUAGAGGCGAUAAGCUGUCACCUGAGUGAGCUGCUGGACUCCGAGCCGCUCUCUCAGGCCACUGGAGACGAGACAUUUCUGCAGGAAGAACACAGAGCAUAUGAAGAUGAAGCAGAUGAUUUGUUGGAAGAUUGGACUGAUGAUGAGGAUGGUACAGGAAGCCCAACAAUCCAAAGGCACAAAUUAAAUUCUUUCCCAGAGAGAGAGACAGCGUUAGACAUGACUGAUGAGGACACAUGUGACGAUACUCAGAGAUUCAUGGACCAAACACUUCCUGUCACAGAAGAGAUGGUAUCUAUGUUUAGAAUGGCGAAGAGCCUUGAUUUCAGUCACAAAAUGACUGAGACCCCCCAAAACAUUCCAAUUUCAGGAGUCCCAGAGCGAUCUGAGCAAAGUGAUUGUGAGGAACUCAAGGAAACCGAAGAGCAAUUUCCCCCAAUCUCACAUCGUUCCUUUAGAAACGCGUUUGAUCCCAUCAGUUUUCCCCAUUUGUCCUCAGAGGAAAUGAUGAAUAACUGUGAUAUUGAAGCAGAGUCAUCUCUUAGCACUUUCCAGAGUCCUGCUCCUAAAACAUACCACACUGUUAGAUCAAAAGGGGAGGAGAAUAAACACAAGAUCACACCUCAGGCUUCACCAAGAAGCCCUGUGAUGAAAAUCAGACUGGGGAAAAUGCACCAAGAUAGUACGAGUGGAGAUAAACUAGAAAGAAGGUUACACAAUCCUAACCACAACCUGCAGCCUCCAACGGCCUUUCCCAGAAAAACAAACCCUGCUUCCUGUGACGAUCAGGUUUCCAUUCCAGCACAGUGCAUUUCUAAAGCAAAAGACUCCCCCUCAGAGCACACGCCACCUCCUACACCUCACCGAUCUUCAGCAGUGAACAACCACAGAACCUCCAAAACCUCUUACACUGAUCCAGAUGACAUCAGGAAAGGACAACUGAGUCGCCCAUUACCUGAUUUCUCCAACGUGAAGCCGAGGGUUCGUUUCCCGAAAAACAGUGGAUACAAACCUCCUAAAAGCAGUAGACCCCCUCAUGAUAGAACUUCCCACCCAGAUCUUCCUGUAGUGUUCAAAUCCCCUGCUGAGAUUGUGAGAGAGGUCCUGUUGAGCAGCACUGAUGGGUCUCCAGGAAGUCCCUCCACCAGUGGGACCCUCAAGCGCCUGAACAGUACAGUACCAGAGGAGUUCCGCUGCCCCCAGCAGGCCAGCACACUGGUGCAGCAGCUGCAGGAGGACUAUAACAAGCUGCUUACCAAGUAUGCAGAAGCUGAAAAUACUAUCGAUCGACUUCGCCUUAAAGCAAAGGUUGGUCUCUGUUCUGAACCCCCAAAGCCCAGUACAGCUAUCCUGUCAGGUGUUAUUCAGGAAGGGUCAAAGGUCAUAACCCUCAAUUUUCCUCAAGCACAGAGGGCAGAGUUCAGCUCAGGAUCUGCUAACCUGACCCAGCAGAAGAAUGACCCCGAAAACUCCAGAAAAACAGUACCUCGCCCUUCCUCUGUGUGCUCCAUCAGCUCUGGAUCUCUUACAGCAGACUAUCUAACAGAGACUCUGACCAAACAGACUCAUAGAUUUCAGCUACAGGUUGAUGCUUUUGAGGCACUUCUAAAGAAUGGGAAACUCAAGCCCUGUGAACAGAUAAAGGGUCUCUCCACACUGGCAAAGGGGCAAGAGUCUCUUGAGAGGGCUUACCUAGAUGCACGAGCCCAGUAUCAGAUGCUGCAGCAGCGACAAGGCGGGCAUGUCACCUUUGACCCAGACAGGGACCUAGAAGGUCAGAUCUUCAGAUCAGGGAUGCGAUUGGAUGAGAUAAAGGAGUGGCUGGAGCAAGCAGAACAGAAGCAACCCAUUUCUGAAUCUACUUUAACCCCGCUCCCUCCUUCAGAUGUGCUCUGUAUGUCCAUGCUGGAGACUGAACCUCUACCUCAGAGCCCACUGUCAGCUGUCCAUCCUGAGGCAUGUGUUGGUGUGGACGUCAGUUUAGUUAGCAGAGAGAGUGAUGCAGACAGAGAGGAAGAAGAGAUCCUCCCAUUUGGUCUUCAUCCACUCUAUGACAAACACAAGCAUGUGGAGAAAGACUUCAGUAACCUCAUGGGCUGCUAUCAGAGUUUUAAAAAGCUCCCUGGGAUGCUGGACCAAGCCAUGACUUUAAAGAGCCGUGACUUGCUGGAUUUUGGACACUGUGUUCCCUCUGAGAAAAAAAGUGUAAUGGUCAGACAACGACACAGGACUGUUAAUGAGAGUGAGAUGACAAAAUCUGCUCAGCAGCAGCCAGCAGCAGAUUGUGUCCCUCGCUUUAGCCCAUCUGUUAGCUCACAGGUGUGUGACUCUAUGGAAACUCACCCAGAGGCUCUUUGCCACUUCUCGGUGUUGCCGGGGCAACAGGGCAGGGAGAAGAAAAUGUCAGUAAGCAGGAAAACUCAAAGCAGUAGCCUAACCAGCCUGGCAGAGAGUACAGAGCCCAAAACUAUGGGCCUGAAAGCAAAGGCCAAGACGGUCAGAUCGCCCCUUCUGGAUGGGGUCAUGUCUCCAGAGACAGACAGUGGCUUUAUGGGCUCUGAGAGCAGUCAGCUCACUCAUGCAGUACACAGUCCUCUACAACAGAGGGCAGUGGUGAGUUCCAUGUUGUCUCGCUCACACAUGAACACCGAAAGACCAGAGUCCGCUCCUCCUCCUGGGCAGCCUUUUGCCGUCGCCACCUCUCGCUCACAACCCUCUCCAAAUACCCUAGGAGAACACCUCAGCAUGUCUGGAGGAUGUACAGGUCCGGUUAGGAAGAGAGGAGGGGAGGAGACGCAUUCCUCUUCCAACCUUUCUCCAUCAAUCUCCCCCCUUCAUUGGCCUAAUAGCACCAUCCCCCCCUGGCCAAGCAGUCUGACCAGCCAAUCAGAUCACGGGAGUGAUCCUGUCCAUUUCUUAUCUGGGGAGGAAAAAACACAGGGUAGCCAAUACCCACAACCAGCCAAUCUGCAGCUCCGCUCUCACAGAAGCCCCUCCUUUCAUGUGCCACAUCACCACGAAGACCACCUCGAAGCCCAAAGUUCCGUUCAGCUAACAAAUCACCAAGAGGCUCUUGAAUCUCUACAGCAAGAAGUGAACCGACUAAAGGAGAGACUAGAGGGAAGUCUGAGACUCUCCAAACCUGCUAGUCCUGUUAGAGCGCCCUCUUCUGCCACAGAAAACACCACAAAUCACGCACGCCCACAGAUACUAACACCGCAGUGGGUUCAUUUAAGGUCAGAGAGGAGGAGAAGGCAGACAGAGAGAGAAAGGAAUGGUGAAAAAGAAAAAGGAUACUCACCAAGACACAUCCUGAGGCAGAGAUCAGCAUCUUUACCUCGACAUCGACCUGAAACUGACUUGACAACUGAUUCUGAGCAAAUCCAGUCUGAGCCAAGACCAUCAACAUCAAGACAUGUCCCGAUGUCCCCUAUGACAUCAAGAGGGAGAAGACAAACCAGAGGAUUUGAACGUCACAAAGAGGACAGUACCUCAGGCAGAUCCGAUAAUAGCGAUGAAAUGGAACUGGGCCGAGGACCGGAACCUACCUGUGUAUACUGCAAAUCAGAUCGCACUGGUGCCUCGACACGCCCAAUGAGGAGCAGGAGCUCUCCACGUCUCACGCAACCUUCCUGUAGCCAAUGCCCAUUGUGUGGUGCAUUAAGAGCCUCUCAAACAGCUAAUCAGGUGCCAGUGUCCACACCCAGAAGGAGUGAGCCAAUGAGAUCCUUACAGAAGGACAGAGGAGGCAUGAAUGUGGCAGUGGCUCCUCACCCCACAUUGCAGGGAGGUGUUCCAGUUAUCCCAUAUGUGCCCGUCUAUCCUUCAACUCUGUACUUCUCCAGCCCAGUGCCGGCACAGGCCUACUCACAACCCUUUAACAUCACAGCAAGUCCCAGCAGAGAUGGGGUCAGAGGUCAUCGCAGACGCUCUCUCUCUCUGAACAGCUCUCUGACCCGCGCCCUCACAGCGGCUAGAAACAUGAAAGAGGUCUCGCAUCGCAUGGCUCACUCCCUGUCCUCAGGGCUGCACUGCAGUAGCUUCCUCACCACAUCCUGCACCUAAUGACAUCAGCAUUUGUUCAUUCAGCUGACGCUUUUAUCCAAAGUGACAUCAAAUGAGGAAUAAUACAUUUGUGCUGCUCAGCUGUUUCUCACAAAGAAAGUGAUGUUUGAUUGUUUUCAUUAGUUUACGUAAAACAACUUUUUCCCAUAGCAGUGUGUCUGAUGCCAUUCAAUGCUGCAGUAGAAAAUGCUGGGAAAUGUCUCAGGUGACUUUUAGAGAUCGAUAGCUGCAUUAUGGUAGCUUAAACAAUACAGGUUUGUAUAUAGAAGGACCUCAAAUAUUUGGAAACUUAAUCCACACUUAAAGAUGUAUGCAUGCCAUUGGGAAAAAGCUAAAUAAGAAAGCAAAAAAAUACAAAAUUUUUUUUAACUAAAAAGUUUGAAAAGUUUGUUAGGUUUUAAAUGGAAAAAGCAAUAAAUAUACGGUACUGUUAUAAAUGAGGAUAAAGACGUGGUGGUUUCCAAACAUUGGUAGAACUUUAGGACAUCUACUAUUUUACAGAAUUAUUUUAUCAGAUACCAGUUGGAUUUAUAUUUUGUUAUAUAAUCAAAAGACAUGCAUGUUUAAGUGUGAUUUAAAUGUCAAAAGGAUUUUUGGGUCCACUGUACUAGAGCUCUUUUUUCUGGCCAGACCAGAUAAUGUCAUUGUUAAGAUUUUCAAAUAUCCACAGGUAGAUUUAUAUUUGUUUUAACUAAGAAGAAAAGUCACUUUCACAGUAUGAAUGUGGAAUGGAUUUGUUUUUCAUAUCUGUCAGUGACAGGUUUUUAAAUCUUUAUCUUUUCUAAUAGGGGGAAUAAGUACAGUGCUGUUCUUGAAGUUGUUGUGUGAUUUUUUUUUUUUGUAUUUAUAUUAUGGUACUUUUGUACUGUAUUUGUUUACCUGGAAUUUCCAAAUUUCAACUGGAUAACCUUUUUUUAAACUUGAAUUCAGUGUGUAUAAUCCAGCAUACCUUGAGUCCCACAAGUGUUUGUAGCAGCAUUGAGGUCAGUGUGAAAAGAAAGACCAACAUGCAUUUCACUUUGUGUUUUUCUGUUUUAUUGGGUUGUGAGAUAAUGAUUGUUAGUACUAAAUAUUUUAUAUAUAGUUUUCCUUGGAAAAUGUCUUUUUAGUGCUGCUUGUUUUUAUUGACUCUGGUAGCGUUUUUUCUAAAUGUUUUUAUGUGUUUUUGUAUUUAUAGAGCUGUACUUUUGUACUUAAUUUACUACUACUAUAAAUGAUUCUAUAUUUGACCUGUGUCAUGCUACUGUUUUCCUUACAGCUAGGUAACGGACCAGACCUGCUGUCUGAUAUGCUAGGGGUUUUGUAUGGAGAGAAAUCUGAGUUGAAAGUCAGCUAAUGUAUCAUACAUUCAGAAUCCAGUGAUCAAGGUUGGUGGCUAAUCAAAUGGUCUAUCCAACAACAUUUUAUUCAAUGUAACGGGGUUCACACAGUGUUGAAAACCUGGAAAUAACAGGUAGCCAUUACCACACCUGUAAUUAAUAAUAAAAUAAAUACUUUUCUUAUAUACACGGGUUAAAGAAUAAAAAUGAAACACCGAUUAAAAAUUCUCUAAAAUUCCGUACCAAUUUUCAACUUUACUUUCAUGCUUUUUAUUUUAUUUUUUAUUUUUUUUGAUGCAAUCCAGGUUAGUACCCAGACAUCCCUUUUAGACAGCUUUCUGUUGGAUGUGGACAAGAAGUCCUGUUGGAUGUGGUUCUAUGGAAGUAAAUUAAUGUCAAAUGCUUUUGAAACAAAAAUCAUGUUGAAUUGCAUCAAGUGAAAAUUUUAUUUAUUUAAUUUUUUUAAAUAAAAUUGCAUUAACCAUG